GCUUCAUUUCAUUUUUUGGAUUCGGAUUUCAGUUCCGCGGGCCCCACUACACUAUUAGGAGCGGUUAAUCCGUAAGCAGCCAAGCACGCAGAAGCCAUGGCGAGAGUAGCGUACUCUCAGCUUCUUCCUUCCGUAGUACCUUCACUUAGCUCCUCUUUCGUGCAAAAAACUUCUUUCCAAUGGCUUACACGUUCAGAAACUAACCAUUCUCUACUCCUAAAGACGCGGCGGUUUUCCACCGCAAAAGUAAGCGUGAGCUUGAGAGCCGGGAUUGUUGGCCUUCCCAAUGUAGGAAAAUCCACUCUCUUCAACUCCGUAGUUGAGAAUGGAAAGGCUCAAGCUGCUAACUUUCCCUUCUGCACAAUAGAACCAAAUGUAGGGAAAGUUGCGGUUCCAGACCCACGCCUCAAUGUGCUCUCUGAUCUUAGCAAAUCGCAUCGAGCUAUACCAGCAUCAAUAGAAUUUGUUGAUAUUGCUGGACUUGUAAAGGGAGCCAGCCAAGGAGAGGGUUUGGGUAAUAAAUUCUUGUCUCACAUUCGUGAAGUGGACUCCAUACUUCAGGUUGUGCGCUGCUUUGAGGAUAAUGAUAUUGUUCACGUGAAUGGGAAAGUUGAUCCAAAGUCUGAUAUUGAUGUAAUCAACUUGGAGUUGGUGUUCUCGGACUUGGACCAGAUUGAGAAAAGAAUGGAGAAACUUAAAAAAGGCAGAGCAAAGGAUUCACAGUCUAAAGUUAAGGAGGAAGCAGAAAAAUCUGCCCUGGAAAGGAUUCAAGAUGCGCUGGUUAAUGGAAAUCCAGCAAGAUCAGUGUCUUUAACAGCUUUUGAAAAGGAUGCUGUGAAGCAUCUGUGCUUGCUUACAAUGAAACCAAUUAUAUAUGUGGCUAAUGUUGCAGAGUCAGAUGUAGCUCAACCUGAAAGCAAUUCUCAUGUCAAAGAAGUGAUGAAUACUGCUUUAGAGCUACAAUCUGGUGUAGUAACCAUCUCUGCUCAGGUUGAGUCAGAGCUUGCUGAACUUCCUCUAGGAGAAAGGCUGGAGUAUUUAAAAUCACUCGGUGUUAAUGAAAGUGGCCUUGGAAAUCUUAUCAGAGCAACAUAUGGUCUCCUUGGUUUGAGAACAUACUUCACUUCUGGCGAGAAGGAAACAAAGGCUUGGACUAUACUCUCUGGCAUGACUGCACCUCAAGCAGCUGGAGUCAUACAUUCUGACUUUGAAAAGGGUUUCAUUCGAGCGGAGACGGUUGCUUAUGAUGAUUUUGUUGCUGCUGGGUCAUUUGCAGCUGCAAGAGAGAAAGGACUUUUGAGGUUAGAAGGGAAAGAGUAUGUUGUACAAGAAGGGGAUGUGAUGCUAUUUCGCUUCAAUGUUUGAUAGACACGAGGGUGGUUCUUAAAUUGCUCUGUUGGAUUAGAGUGCCAAACCAGCCCCUGAUCAUGCUGAACAAGCCCUUGAUUUUGUUCAAAUUAGAUUCACACCAUGUCUGUCAUCCACAGAUUAAGCAAACAGAAACAAGCCAUUGAUAUGUUAACGUGACAUGAGAUUCACUGAUCAUUAAUUGAUAUUGCCACAGGGUCCAUAGAGACAUACUUUGUAAAUCAUAGUUGGGGACACCCCGUUAAGUCUACUUUAGAAAGUGAGUGAUAAUUGGAACUAUGACCAAGGUUCGAAUCCCCGCAGCGGGUAGCUCAGCUGGUCGAGUGGUGGGAAAAUUGGAACUAUGACCAAGGUUCGAAUCCCCGCAGCGACCGGGUGGAGGUCACAGAACCUGAAAUAAGGCUGGGCCUCUGGUGCGCACGGGGUAAAGGCCUACUGCCACUCUGCUGACUGAGUCACCGUGACUUACAUCCUCCCAUGUGCUCUGUCGGGUCGGGGCGUGGGGGGCGCUUGGGGUUGGCGAUUCAACCUUUUGGAACUAGAAAGUGAGUGAUAAUUUUGUAGUACUCUAUCAGUACAUUGGUUGUAUACUCGAAUUGCAUCUUCAUUUA